AUGGCCGCCUGCAUCCUUUUCAUCAUUGUCAUCAUCAUCGUCAAACACAUUCUACUUGGAAGGUUUGCCUGUUCGACGAAGCAACAAAACAAAACCGCAAUUUACGUGCCAGCAAAUGUUCAGCAGCAGCAACAGCAACAACAACAACAACAACAACAUUUCCAACAUCAGCUGCACCACCAAGAACCACAUCCUGCACGCCAAGUAACAGACAUCAACACGAAAAGGGAUCACCUGUCGAAUAAUCUCCUCCUCUCAAACAGCAUCAAACAACAACCUGACGACGACAAAAACACAAGCAACAGUUGCAGCAGCACAAGAAACAAGCAGCGCAAUAAUGAAAAGUCAUCGUCAUCACGUGAUCUCAACAAUGGCUGCCAGGACACCAAGACGAUGACCCGUACAUCAUUUUCAUCACAAAAACAAACUUCAAAACUUCUGUCCGUGUGUUUGCCAGGUGAUAAUUAUAACAGCAGCAACCACAACGACGAUGGCGGCGGUGUUUGUGGCGGUGCUACUCAUGACGUCACAACAAGGAAUGUUCAGGAGAUUAUAUUUGUGUGGCAGACCAAGUUAAGAGGGGCUUUACAGCAUUUUGUUUCAAUAUCGUCAGACAAAGUUUAA